AUGGACCAUCCGACCCUCAUCAUCAUCCACUGGCUGUUCAGCUGGAUAGCCCUCGCCAUCAUGGUGGUCAGGCUGAUCUGGCGCAAGGUGGCCAAACAGGCCUUCAAUCUCGGCGACUACCUGACCAUGGCCGCCUGCGUUUUCGUCGUGGCCAGGAUGGGUAUAAUCCACAUGGUGUUGACGUGGAAGACCAACAACAUGCCGGCCGCCUAUCGCGAGAACCAUGUGUUCACGCCCGAGGAGAUUCACCAUCGCGAGAUUGGCAGCAAGCUUUCCAUCGCGGGGCGCGUCGUCUACAGUUCCUACCUCUGGCUCCAAAAGCUGGUGCUCCUGGACCUCUAUCGUCGCUUGCUGGUCAAGCUUCCGCACGAGCACAUCAAGGUCUACAGUUUUCUUGCCGUUUUCCUCGUCACAUGGAUUGCCUGCCAGGUCAGCACGUUCAUCGAAUGCAAACCCAUUCAUCUCUAUUGGCAGGUCGUCCCUUAUCCAGGCACUUGCGUCGAAGCAGAGGCGCAGCUCAUGACGGUGGGGAUCCUCAACAUCGUCACGGACUUGAUGCUGAUCCUGCUGCCGCUGCCGCUCGUCGUGGCCAUGCAGGCGGCGUGGCGGCUCAAGGCGCAGCUGUACGCGCUGUUCCUGCUCGGCAUCUUCAUCAUCGCCAUCACCAUCGUGCGGCUGCCGAUCAGCACGCUGCACAAGGACAGCCAGCUCAACCGAUCGACGUGGGCGAGCGUCGAGCUGCUCGUCACGGCCAUCGUCGUCAACGCGCCCACCAUGUACGGCCUCUACAAUAACGGCAGGCGGGCCCAUGCGACGUCCAACGCCGAGGAGACGGGCGACACGUUUGGCAUGGCGACCAUGGGGUCGAUGGCGCGCAAGACCAAGAUCGAGGCGGACAACGCGCAUGACUUCGACGCGAGCCCCGUCGGACGCUCCCUGGGCCACAUCGAGGGGAUCCUGCAGACGAGGGAGACGAUUGUAACCGAGUACAGGGAGACAGACAGGAAGGCGCGGGGCUACGCCAAUCUCGCUGAUGAGACGGACAAUGCAUCCACUUCGAGCCAGAAGAGUAUCCUGCGUCCGUAA